AUGCAUUCCUCCAUUCGCCCUGACCAAUAUGUGGUCAUACAGUUGCCUUCAGAUCAGUCUCGCAUUCUUAAGCUAGUCCCGAACACCAUCGUUCAACUGGGCAAAUUUGGCAGCUUCGCCGCGAAUCAGGUCAUCGGACGUCCUUUCUACCUAACAUUCGAGAUACUCGAUGCCCCUGAGGCUGGUGGCUACCAGCUCCGCGUGGUCUCAGCGACAGAAUUGCAUGCGGAAAAUUUAAUCGAAGAGGCUGAUGCAGACGAAGAUGAUGUCCAGGAAUCGGGCGAGGGAAUUCCCAUGCGCACGAAUCGCAACAUCGUGGAUGAUGCUUCAACACAGAAAAUGACGCUCCAGGAAAUUGAGGAGCUGAAGAAAGAGGCAGGUGUCGCCGGCAAGGAUAUCGUCGCAAAGCUCUUGGAAUCACACACAGCUUUGGAUCAGAAGACGGCAUUCUCAAAGGCUAAAUAUACACUCCGGAAGCGCAAGAAGUACAUUCGCCGAUUUUCUGUCCAGCCUUUGGACGUCAGUGUCCUCACCAAUUACUUACUGUCGUCGCGGGAUACUGGAAAAACGAUGGAAUUGCGAGACGAGCACAUUGGCCUUAUUGGAUGCUUGGGUAACGUUCACCACGGUGGAAAUGUUUCACUCGAUGAUAUCAGGCCGAAUGGUCGGUACUUUGUCGUUGAUGAAACCGGUGGUCUCGUUAUUGCCGCAAUGGCUGAGCGAAUGGGAAUUUUGUACCCUCGCGAAGAGGAUGAUGAAAUCUUGUCUGCUGUAGACGGCAAUGAAGGGGAACAGACCACUGAAAAUGUAGAGGUUGCUGCGAAUGAUGACGAAAAUGCACAGUUUGCCGUUUCGGACGGCCGAUUUCCUACAGAAAACACUGGAGAAGCAAAGCCAACAUCUCAUAAUCCUCGGCGCAAUCGUCCCCGCCCCAUGUCAGCAACUGGGAACACAUUGACUGUCGUCCACGCCAACCCCCAACCCAACCUUUCUCUCUUGAAGUACUUUGGCUACGAUUUGAACAGCCCCGAUGAAAAUCACCCCCUCUACACUCACCUGAAGACCGUGUCCUGGUUACAGCUCGUGAACCCUUCCUUGGACCCUAUAAUAGCCAACCCACCCGCCGAACUUUCAGCGGAAGAACUAGCCGCACUCAAACCCAGCAAGCGUAGCUCAUAUAACUACAAGCGCUCACGAUGGGAACGAGUGAAGACCGUGACCGAAGAAGCACGCCGGGGCGAACUUGAUGGUCUCAUCGUAUCCACUCUUAUGGAACCCUCCAGCGUCUUGAAACACCUGGUCCCGCUUCUUGCUGGAUCAGCAUCGGUUUCCAUCUAUUCCCCAUACGUCGAGCCGCUCGUACAGCUCAUGGAUCUCUACUCUAUUGCUCGAAGAACGGCCUUUAUCAAUCGUAAGCGGGAGUUAGAAGCUCAGCAAGCAUCCGAAGAUGACACUGUCGACUUAUCCUCGCUAUAUGAGGAAUUUGAAAUCGAUCCUACUCUACUGCUGACUCCAUCACUGCAAACCUCACGUAUCCGAGCAUGGCAGGUGUUGCCCGGUCGGACACACCCUCUAAUGACGAGCCGGGGUGGUGCUCAGGGAUAUCUUUUCCACGGCAUCCGAGUCAUUCCCAUGUCAGAGAACAUCCAAGCAGCAGGUACAUUCCGGAAAAAGCGCAAGGUAGAAACGACAUCUACGCCCGCUAGCGACCGGGACGUUGUGAUGACAUCCUAA